CUGACAGGCGGCGGGCCAGCUGAGCUCCUGGCUCUCAGGAUUACAGCUGCAGUUCAGAUUACCUGCGUGGGUUUGAUGAGCGUUCAGUGAGCGGAGUGAAGGAACCUUUAAUGAAAGCAGUUGAAUGGCGCGGUGCUUCUGCCGGUGGCGUGCCGUCUUGAUCUGCGUCUGCACGCCGUGCAUCUGCCUGCUGCUGCUCUUCUCCUACGCUGUUGUGUUGAUGGUCCUCACCCUCAACGGCAUACAGGUGAAAUCUGAAGUGGUCAACAGUGAAAGCAGCGUCACUGACAGCCCUCGCUUUGUGGCCCCGGGGACAUUCAACAAUGGGAUAUUUUCCUCCCAGCCGAAACACUUCUGGGACCACCGAGGGCACAGAGCCCUGUGGAACCAGCUGCAGCUCAGAGCGGACCGCCAUUUCAAUCCCAUCCUGAACCUCAAGAAAACCACAAAUCAGCAGAACUUCAACGGCCUUGAUGGAAGUUUUUUCGAGAAUAUGACGUUAUUCAAAACGACGAGCAACUUUACCAAGCUCCCCGAGCAGUUACAGAGGUUUGUGAGCUACAUGGACAGGAGGGACUACCCGGUCCUCCUGCAGCCCGGCGGGGAAUGUGGAGCUCAGGCAGAGGGCGAGAACGAACGCCCGCUGCUUCUGUUCGCCAUCAAGACAACAGAGGGUAACUUCCUGAAUCGACAGGCCAUCCGUCAGAGCUGGGGCCGCGAGGGCUGGGUGAGGGGGCAGUGGGGGAACGGCAGCGGCGGAGGGGAGGCGGGAGGCUACGUCCGCAGGGUGUUUCUGCUCGGCAAAAGAGACUCUGGAGAGCCGAGUGCGGCCUUCUCUCUGGUCCUGAAGAUGGAGAGCGACCGAUACGGAGACAUGCUGCAGUGGGACUUUCAUGACACGUUUUUCAACCUCACCCUGAAGGACGUCCUCUUCUGGAGGUGGUUCUCCGCGUCCUGCGGGGACACGGCGUUCGUCUUCAAGGGAGACGACGACGUCUUCGUUAACACCCCCAAAAUGGUGGCCUACCUCCUGGACCAGCUGAGAGAGCCACAGGCGCACAAGGCCACGAGGGACUUCAUGGUGGGAGACGUCAUAGUCGGAGCCCCUCCGAGCAGAGACGACAGCUCCAAGUACUUCAUCCCGGAAAACUUCUACCGUGGCUUUUACCCGAGGUACGCGGGCGGAGGAGGGGUGGUGUACUCGGGUCUGCUCGCCAGGCGUCUGCACCGCGUGUCCCAGAGGGUUCACCUCUACCCCAUUGAUGACGUUUUCGUGGGGAUGUGUAUGAUCCGGCUCAACGCCUUGCCCGUCUACCACCCGGCCUUCCUCACGUUUGACUUCCCCGACCAGGAGGAGCAGGAGCCGUGCUCCUACCACAAAAUCCUGCUGGUCCACAAGCGGAGCCCGGACCAGAUCAGGAGACUGUGGGCCAACAUGACGCUGACACGACGAGAGUGUGGCCACGUGCCUCUGAGGGUUGAAAAGAAGACUUCAGGGACGCCAUCGGAGGAUGCUUUGUUGGAAAUACCUGCUGUUCAAAUACCGCGGCUACCUCUUUAAUAUAAGCUUUAGUCAGUUACAGAAAGGACGCCGCGUUAGCUCCUCUGUUUACUGAAAAGCAGGCACGAGCAGAAAGGAUAUUUAUUUGUAACAGAUUACAAUGGAUGUUUAGCCUGUUUUCUACAGAAACAUUCAGCUCAACCACUGUUUUUUUUUUUUUUUGUAUUUUACUUUAACUUGACCUAUCCAUAAGCCAAUGGACAUCCUUGUAUUUUACAUCCUUUUAGCCAGAGGCCAUUAUUUCAUAAAGGAAGAGAUUUUAAUCUACUGUAGAAAUGUAGCAGGCACAUAUCUUUUAAACACACUGCUAAACCCUUCCAGCUUAAUUCAGUCACAGACGUGGAGUUAAAUCGUAACAUCUGUUUGGAUGUAUGUUUAAGGUGCUGUGAAGUUAUUUUAUGACGUGAGUAAGCUAAUGACCCAACACCAACCGGUUCAGUGUCGGAAGGCAGUGGUGAGAGACUGGAUGCUCCAGUCCUGUUUGUUCCAGACAGUUCAGACAGGGACACACUGAAUCAAAGAAUAGAUGAACUGCUUGUUUUUUUUUAAUCUUAUUGUUUGUUUUGUGUGCUAUAAUGUGACAAAAAUCUACUUUAGCUGGGUUAAAGUUUUAUUGUUCUAAAAAUGAAGCAACACUGAAUGUGAUGUAAGUCUGAAUGCGACUGCAGUUUGUAGACUGGGUGCUCGCUGCUCCUGCGUGGGACUUUUCAUGAGGAUUCAGGUGUGAAGGACUCGAUGCAAGACGAAGGUAUGAUGAUGGCAAAACAGAUCAGCAGGACUCUGCUUGAUGCUGUCUUUGCCGCACCAGUUUUCCUGUACCGUGGUGGUUUAGUUCAGGACAGACGUGUUUUCUGAUUUAUGAGUUCAUUUUGAUAGGCUGAUCUAUGACUCAUGGCUUUACCAUCUCAGCCGCUCCUCCAAUAAAAUAAGAUACAAUGAAUUCUGCAUUAACCUUCAGCCACAAUGUGACAGACAAGUAUGUGAGAGGGUGGCAGCCUUUCACAAAAGAUGUUAUUCUUGCAGAACCGGGACCAUCAGCCAAAGGUGGAGUUUGUGUUGUUGGGUGUCUUGAUGUCAGAGCAGGAAAAGUCUAUUUGAAAGCACCAAUCAAAACCUUACAAUGUCACCAUUGCAUAAUGUUUUAAUGACUGUUCUCUGUACCUACUCAUCUGUUUCUUUAAAGCGCAACUUUGUGUUUCCAUUGAUCACCUCAUGAUGUAUUCCUUUUGGAAUGUGCCUUUUUUAAAAAUCUUUUUUUUAUGUAAUUUAACCUAAUCAAUCCAUUCAAUCCUGCUUUGUGAAGACCGAGGCUGUCUGAGUUGGAGCCGCAGCGACACAUCCCUGCCUCAACUCUGGGCCGAGAGGGAUUUCUCCGGAUGGUAUUCAUGAUUUGGUUUUCUGUGAUAAUUUCCUCCCAAAAACACAACGAUCUUUCAUCAGCUGACAGGAUGGAUAAAUGGCUGGCCUGAGCCAGGUGAAGCUGGUUAAGUCUGCCCAGAGGGGAC